AUGUCGUCUUCGGAAGGGGCCCCGGAGUCCUGGAUCUCCUCGUUUUGCUCCCUGAUGGGUCAUGAGUUCUUUGCGGAAGUGUCGGAGGACUUUAUCGAAGAUGACUUCAACUUGACAGGGCUGCAAUCGCAGGUGCCUAUGUACAAGGAGGCCUUGGAAAUGAUCCUGGACGUGGAACCCGAGGAGGACGAGGAAGAUGAAGAGGAGGAGGAGGAAGAAGAGGAUGAGGACGAGAUUCUAGGAGAUGAGAAGCCGCCAGGCUACCGCAGGGCAGGGGAACGGAGGCAUGCACGAGUCGCGAGUGAUCUGAGCGUCAUCGAGAGCUCUGCUGAAUUGCUUUACGGACUGAUCCAUCAACGCUACAUCACUUCACGGCCCGGUAUCCAGCAGAUGCUUGAAAAGUAUGAGAUGCAACAUUUCGGUGUCUGCCCGCGAGUCUAUUGCAACGGAUGCAAGGUUCUGCCCGUCGGACGUUCCGACACGCCUGGCCAAGAGACGGUCAAAUUGUUCUGCCCUAGUUGCCAAGAUCUCUACACUCCCCCGAACAGUCGGUUCCACUCGGUCGACGGAGCUUUCUUCGGAACUACCUUUGGAUGCCUGUUCUUUAUGACCUUCCCAGACCUCGAUAUCGGACCCCGGCUGGACAGCUCCCUCGCCGCGUUAUCACCGACCCGCUCCUCCUCCUUGACAUCUUCGAUCAACAACCAAGUGGUGCCGGAUGUGCCCCCUCCCAACCAGCCUGUUGAGAUCAACGGCGUGCGUACCGUCAACUUCAGCCCGGGUCUUGGACCGGGUCGGAUCUACGAAUCUCGAAUCUAUGGCUUCCGCGUGUCGGAACGCUCGCGCUCAGGACCGCGCAUGAAGUGGCUGCGGAUGAAGCCUCUUGAUGUUCGGGAAUUGGAUGAGCUGGCACGGUACGAGGCGCUGCACGGGGAGGCUGAUAAUGCUGAUAAUGAUGGGGACACGGAAAUGGGGAGCGCCCCCGGCAGCGCACAGAGUGCCGCCAUUGCGAAAAGGAAAAAGGCGCCCAUGCGCAGACGGCGAUACAAUCCUAACCAGAUGAGCAUCAACGGAGCGGAGGCCGGAUAA